AUGAAAUUCAGCUACAGCUCUGACCGCUCUGAUCAUCACGACACAAUUCUUUCCAGCAAGGCGCAGGAGCUCUGCAGGCAAGGUUUGCAGGAGGAGAGGCGAGGGAACUGCGAGCGAGCGGAAGAAUACUACCGUCUUGCGUUGAUCGCAGAUGAGAAUCACGCAGAUACUCUCGCAGCUUACGGACAUUUCUUGCAAACAUACACAUCCGAUUAUGACAGGGCUGAAAGCUUGUACAAACGAUCUCUCAGUGUAAACCCGACUCAUCUCGACACUUUGCAGAACUAUGCUGUUUUCCUUGAGAAUGUUCGAGGAGAUAUGCAAAGAGCAGAGAAGUUGUAUAACAUUGCGCUGACGAUGACGGCGUGGUGUGAUGAUGUUUCGGUAGAGGCGAGGCAUUCUUUGGAUCGGUCUGCUCAGGAUGGCGCAUACGAACCUGAACGAAAGGCUCCGAGCACGAGCAUGAAGGAGAGGAGACUGAAGAAGUAUCAACCUUCAUCGACAGCUUUUGACUUGUUGGGUACAGAGAUGGUCUCCAGCCCCAACAUCGAGCGACAACCUUCUGGAAAGCAGAUCGAUGCGGAGAGGAGAUUCCUGGAUGGUUCAGCGACAUUCAUGGACGAUCGUCGGUUCGCCUCCUCCCGGCACAACAAGAGGCACACGCAUGACAUGCACGAAAAGCCCUGGGAGGGACCUCUCGAUAACCCCCAUGGCACCCCCUCGACUGCAGGCAGGACCGUCAAGAAAGUUGAACACCAUGCCGUAGCAAGUUUCUUCUACUUCGGGACACCUCGCAGCCAGCUGGUGCAGAGCAAAGCGUUCCAUCAAAGUCUGUACGCCUCUUUUGAAGGCCUCUUGAGACUGACGAGCUCGCGGCGUCUAUCUCGGGAGAGUCUGUUUGAUACGUUGGAGAAGUGUGGCAUCUUUGCAAACAGAGAGUCACCAACGGAAGAUCUUCUCCAAUUGUUUCAGAGGAGUUCAAAGAAGAACAAGCAGAUUCAUGAAAGUGACCUGUUCCCUGCUUUCUCUGAACUUGUUUUGGACAUGAUGUCGAUUCAGAAUUCUUCACAGAAACGUGAAACCCGGGGAGAUCUGACUGAAACUUUGGAGGCACAACCUGAAAUUCAGUCCAAUACACGUAAUUUUGCACUGGAUUGGUUGAGACAAGUGAAGGAAAUACGGAAAGAAGAAACAGAUGUCGCAAUAUCUAAUGAAACUGCGGCAGAUUCAACACAACCCAACUUUGACCGACAGAUCCAGUAUAAUGAUCAACGAGGCGUCCAAGAUGACAGUUUGCAUCUGAGUCGCAUAGGAAAGGCUUACGAUGGAGAAGAUGACUCUUUCGACCCAGCUGCCGACAUGGCGAGGAAACCAAUGGGGGAUCGUUUGCCAAGGGCAUGGAAAGUUGAGAUAGAUAAACAUCAUGUAAAUGGAGACAGCAUCCCUGAAUCGAAGAGAAUUGAAAGCUUGUCACGUUCCAAGGGUUCAAACUCGCAAGCCGUCUCUAGCAUCAUGCCAGAAGAACGAUUUGACAAGGAAUCCUUGUAUCACCCUACCAACUCUUUCUUCUCAGACAUGAAGAACCCCCCGGUCAGGAUCGCAGAGGCCUCCAAGUUCUCGCUCCUGAUCCCCAACGAGAAGAUAUCUGCGCAUCACCCGCACCAAGACAAGGAUCCUUCCUCGUCCUCGCACGAGCUCGGCAGCCGCCUACGUAGCAGCCAGAGGAGGACCACAGGAGAGGAGACAGAUAGAUCCAACGAGUCAGAGGUCAGAGACAAGACGGCAAGUUUGCUGCAGAGACUGAGAGAUAGGUUUGGAACCACCGCCCAGCUCUUCCAAUACUUCAAGACCCGCCAAGUUGACCAGGGCUCGCAAGCUGGGAAUGUGAUUGGGAGAGUUACUUCCAAGGCAUCACAAGGGUCCACGAGCAUAACGUUUGAAGAGUUCAAAGCUACAGCAGAGAGCUUGGGUAUGAACUUCACUGCUCGGGAGAUCGAGGAUAUGUUCUUGAGCCUCGCAGUGUCAAUCACCUCCAACAUCCCCUACAAGAGCCUGGUGGAAGCCGUCAGGUCCUGUACAAGCAGCAGGUCGCGAGACUUCGGUCAAGGGAAGAGGUUUGAAAGGGACAGUCACAAGAUUCGGACCGAGCUCAAAUGCUCUUUCAUGACAUCCUUGCACGCCUUCGUCUUCUUCGACAUCCGCGGCAGGGACUUCCUGAGCAAGAAGGACCUGGCGCUCGGCCUGAAGCGGCUGAAGAUCAAGGAGCAAAUCAAUCUCGAAGCAGCUUUCGAGGAGACUGACUUGGAUCACGACGGUAAGAUCAACUACAAGGAAUUCAUCAAGCACUUUGCUGCGGGCUGGCACCCUGUCGAGGAUUUCGAGGCUGUUCAGAGGGAGUACGAGAAGCUCAAGCGUGAGAGCAGGAGGAGGUGGAUGACCAACGACAUUCCUACUGAGUCCUCCCCUCCUAAGAAGAGCUCUCGCCCCCGCUCUGCUCCGCCAGCCUCUCAGGUCUCGCAGAAGGACUCUGCUCGCAGAACUCUCAACUUCGAUGGCUCUGCUGUAUACGCGGGAACAAGUCUGAAUGAAAACUUCAGCAGCGACACUGAGUCAGACGAAGAACCUUCGGACGGGAAGGCAAGGGAGCCGCCACACGAAACCAAGCAUAACCACCGAGCUCGAGAGCAUGCAGGUUCAGAGUUGCCGUCCAAGUCUCAAGCGGCUGAAAGGGAGGAAGACGGCAGCAAGACAUCAAACUUAAGUGAAGCAGAGCAGCUCGACCCACGCAGACUUGCGAAUCUUCGGCUGCUCGAAGCCAAGAAGAAGAAGGAGGUCUCCAUGCUACAAGAGCAAGAGGAGCUGAUUCGUCAGCGACAGGAGAUGCUGGAACAAAAACGAGUGAGGAGGCUGAUGUUGGACCGCGAGCGCUUGGAACGAGCAAAACUAAUCAAGCGAAAGGACGGGGAGAACUCCGAAUCUGCUCUGAGGCUUUUCAGCAGGCAGAGUCCGCCAGAUCACUCGUAG